GUGGAUGUCAUAAAAAGCCAAGCACAAAAAAUAUAAAUACAGGGCAAAAGAUGCGUCGGUCCUUUCUGUGGAGUAGGACUCUCUAUGGAUUAAUAUCUGGCCUCGCUUCUGCCUGCUAACGGACGACCAAGGAACAAGGGGCACCUUUUUAGACAGCCAGAAACCAUGGUGGGACUUAAACCCUCAGACGUCCCCCCUCCACUGGGGGUGAAGAUGGCGAGUGCUGGAGCGGCGGCCUGCAUAGCUGACAUCGUCACAUUUCCCCUGGACACGGCCAAAGUCAGGCUACAGAUCCAGGGAGAGAAGAAGGCGGUGGCAGGCAUCCGAUACAGAGGCGUGUUCGGGACCAUCAGCACCAUGAUCCGCACAGAGGGACCCAGGUCUUUGUACAACGGCCUGGUAGCGGGUUUGCAGAGACAAGUGUGUUUCGCCUCCAUCAGAAUCGGCCUGUACGACAAUGUGAAGAACUUCUACACGGGUGGAAAAGACAACCCGGGCGUUCUGGUCCGCAUCCUGGCCGGCUGCACCACAGGCGCUAUGGCCGUGUCCUUCGCACAACCCACUGAUGUGGUCAAGGUUCGCUUCCAAGCGCAGAUGAACCUGGACGGCGUUGCCCGGCGCUACAACGGCACCAUGCAGGCCUACAGGCACAUCUUCCAGAACGAGGGCCUGCGAGGACUCUGGAAAGGCACGUUGCCCAACAUCACAAGGAACGCACUGGUCAACUGCACAGAGCUGGUCACGUACGACCUGAUCAAGGAGGCUAUUCUUAAACAUAACCUGAUGUCAGACAACCUGCCGUGCCACUUCGUGUCUGCGUUCGGCGCCGGCUUUGUCACCACCGUGAUCGCGUCCCCAGUGGACGUGGUCAAAACCCGGUACAUGAACUCACCGCCAGGCCAGUACAAGAGUGCCAUCAACUGUGCGUGGACUAUGCUGACGAAAGAAGGGCCCACAGCGUUCUACAAAGGGUUUGUACCCUCGUUUCUGAGGUUGGGAUCAUGGAACGUUGUGAUGUUUGUCUCGUUUGAGCAAAUCAAGAGGGCGAUGAUGGUCACUAAGAAGAGGAUAGAGGCCCCAAAUUGAGAUCAAUGGGUUGGAGCUUCUGUGAUAAAAUCUACAGGACAUGAGCAGUAGUUUUCUUGUCCUGUGCUGACAAUCCUUUGGAUUGGAUCCUUUGUUGAAAAAGGAGUAUUGGACAAACUACAGCACCUUGUGCUGACUUCACAGCCACGGUCCCUUUUUCCUAUUUAUAAUCUGCCCAUUGUCAAAGUAAAAGGCAUGAGUACAACACUAUACAGUAAGAACCUCCUUUUGGUCCUGUUUGCACUUUAAAAUACAUCGAUCUGAGUCUGCCAGCUACACUUUUCAGGCAGCUGACGCUAGUGCACCUUUGUAUGGCAAUAUAAUUGGUGCCCACAAUAAAAAACCUUUUGACAUAA